AUGACCCACCUGGAGCGUGGAACAACCCAGAAGCCAGGUCUGGGGGGCCUUCAGCUGUGGGAAAGCCCUACACACUGGACGGUGUUCAGGGCAUUGCCUGAGCUGCUGGGUGCCAGGCUGGCUACCCUGCAGAAUGAAAUCAAGUCAGGCCAUGCUGCUGUCACCCGCUCCGCCUUCUUCUGGAAGGAGGAACUCCCUAGGGGAGUGGGUAUGCCCGCCUGCAGCCCUGUCACAAGAAUGGAAUCUGUGCAUUUCCAACGACCCAAUGUGUGCGCUGUGCAGAAACUCAUUGGCACCAACAAGAAGUACUUCACUAACUGCAAACAGUGGUACCAAAGGAAAAUCUGUGGGAAAUCAACAGUCAUCAGCUACGAGUGCUGUCCUGGAUAUGAAAAAGUCCCAGGAGAGAAAGGCUGUCCAGCAGCCCUUCCACUCUCCAACCUUUACGAGACCCUGGGAGUUGUGGGCUCCACCACCACACAGCUGUACACAGACCGCACGGAAAAGCUGAGGCCUGAGAUCGAGGGGCCGGGCAGCUUCACCAUCUUCGCUCCUAGUAAUGAAGCCUGGGCUUCCCUGCCUGCGGAAGUGCUGGACUCCCUGGUGAGCAACGUCAACAUCGAACUGCUCAACGCCCUCCGCUACCACAUGGUGGACAGGCGCGUGCUGACCGACGAGCUGAAGCACGGCAUGUCGCUCACCUCCAUGUACCAGAACUCCAACAUCCAGAUCCACCACUACCCCAAUGGAAUUGUGACCGUCAACUGUGCCCGGCUGCUGAAGGCCGACCACCACGCCACCAACGGUGUGGUGCACCUCAUCGACAAGGUCAUCUCCACCGUCACCAACAACAUCCAGCAGAUCAUCGAGAUCGAGGACACCUUUGAGACACUGCGGGCUGCUGUGGCUGCGUCAGGGCUCAACACCGUGCUGGAGGGCGAAGGUCAGUUCACGCUCUUGGCCCCCACCAACGAGGCCUUUGAGAAGAUCCCUGCCGAGACGCUCAACCGGAUCCUGGGCGACCCAGAGGCCCUGAGAGACCUCCUGAACAACCAUAUUCUGAAGUCCGCCAUGUGUGCCGAAGCCAUUGUAGCGGGGCUGUCCAUGGAGACCCUGGAGGGCACCACCCUGGAAGUGGGCUGCAGCGGAGACAGGCUGACCAUCAACGGGAAGGACAUCAUCUCCAACAAAGACAUCCUGGCCACCAAUGGCGUGAUCCACUUCAUCGAUGAGCUGCUCAUCCCAGAUUCAGCCAAGACCCUGUUUGAGUUGGCAGCAGAAUCAGACGUGUCCACAACCGUUGACCUUCUCAGGCAAGCUGGCCUGAGCACGCAUCUCUCUGGAAAUGAGCGGUUGACCCUUCUGGCCCCGUUGAAUUCUGUAUUCAAAGAUGGAGCCCCUAGCAUUGAUGCCCACAUGAAGAAUUUGCUUCUGAACCACAUAGUAAAAGACCAACUGGCCUCCAAAUACUUAUACCAUGGACAGACUCUGGACACAUUGGGUGGCAAGAAAUUGAGAGUGUUUGUUUAUCGUAAUAGCCUAUGCAUCGAGAACAGCUGCAUUGCCGCCCACGACAAGAGGGGGCGCUAUGGGACCUUGUUCACCAUAGACCGCAUGCUGACCCCUCCCAUGGGGACGGUCAUGGACGUCCUGAAGGGGGACAAUCGCUUUAGCAUGUUGGUGGCUGCCAUUCAAUCUGCAGGCUUGACCGAGACCCUCAACCGGGAAGGGGUGUACACAGUCUUUGCUCCAACCAACGAAGCCUUCCAAGCCAUGCCGCCGGAAGACCUGAACAAACUCUUGGGGAACGCUAAGGAACUUGCCAACCUCCUGAAAUACCACGUCGGCGAUGAAAUCCUGGUGAGCGGGGGCAUCGGGGCCCUGGUGAGGCUGAAGUCUCUCCAAGGAGACAAGCUGGAAGUCAGCUCGAGGAACAAUGUCGUGCAUGUCAAUAAAGAGCCAGUUGCUGAAAUCGACAUCAUGGCCACAAAUGGCGUGGUCUACGCCAUCAACAGCAUUCUGCAACCUCCAGCCAACCGGCCUCAGGAGCGAGGGGACGAGCUGGCCGACUCUGCCCUCGAAAUCUUCAAGCAGGCAUCAGCGUUCUCCAGGGCUGCCCAGAGGUCUGUGCGGCUAGCCCCUGUCUAUCAGAGAUUACUGGAGAGGAUGAAGCAUUAGCACAAAGGAUCACAGGAGGAAGGCCCGAAGCCGCUUCCUACCACUUCUCUCAGUUUGCCAAAGAGACCAUGUGAAUGUUCUGGAAACCAAAGAUCACACUUCAACAGACAUGGGCCACACCACAAUCAGAUCUGAGCCUUGGAUGGGGAAGAGGGAAACAAGAGAAAGAUGUCUCCCCAUCUCUUUUUAUAUCAUUUAUUUUUCCAUUCCUCCCCCCACUCCCCACCGCCCCUGUCCCAGACAUGGUUGUUAAUGCCCAAUUGCAUGAAAAGAUCUGGGAUACCAUGACCCGACACUCACUUGUAGAAAAGAACCCAUAUGUGGAAUUUCCUGCCCAUGUCCAGUGCCUGGAAAAAAAAAAUAGAAUGGAAGUUAACGGUAUGGUGGAUCUCAUAAAACGCAAGUCAAGCAAUCCAGCAUUCCGGGAAAUCCUGGCCUGCUCUGUAGAGCUCUGGCACAGCUGGAGAAAUGGCAUUAUUAUAAGCUAUGAAUCGAA